CUAGAAUCCAUUGUGCUCCACAUUCGACCGUUCGCUCGCCGUUCUUCUUCAGUUCGCUCGCCGUUCUUCCUCCCGUCGCCGCCAGGCACAAGAUUAGUAAAACCCUAGCAGCAAAGCUUGGAUAAAAAGUGCUGGAUAGGUGGAAAUGGGAGCUAAAGCAAGGAAGGCUCAAACAAAGAGUGUCAAGAAGGGUGCAAUGCAAUUAGCUGCUUCCGCAGCUCCUGGAGAUGAGGCUCCCGAUUUUUUGCCGUUGGAAGGUGGACCAGCAAAGAAGAUUCCAGUCACCAAGCUAAAAGAAACUAAAGCAACAGUUUUGUAUAUUGGAAGAAUUCCUCAUGGAUUUUACGAGGAUGAAAUGACGGGGUUUUUUCAGCAAUUUGGAAUGAUCAAGAGGCUUAGAAUUGCUAGGAAUAGGAAGACUGGGAAAUCCAAGCAUUAUGGUUACAUAGAAUUCGAGUCCCCCGAGGUCGCAAAAAUUGUGGCAGAAACAAUGGAUAAAUAUCUUCUGUUUGAACAUGUGUUGCAAGUGAAUCUUAUUCCCCCCGAGCGUGUUCAUCCAAAACUGUGGAGACGUGUGAAUCGCAAGUUCAUACCAGUGGAUUGGGUUGCAAUUGAACGAAACAAUCUCGACAAGAUGCGAACAUGGGAAGAGCACAAGAAAUUGGUUGAUGGAAUAAAGAAGAAGGAUCGCAAGAGGGUUAAAAAGAUGGAGGCCGCUGGUAUAGAUUAUGAAUGCCCAGAAGUUGUUGGUUACACUGAGACUGCUCCAAAGAAGAUCAAAUUCGACACAGAUUAAGUGUUUAUUGAAGACAUCAGGGCCAUAUAUAUCAAGAUAUGCUGGAAGAUGAGUUCAGAAAGAGGCUAUAUAUAUCACUCUUGUGUGAAGAAUGGCUGGCAUCUACCAAACAGUUUCUAUGUAUGUCAGUGGCAUGUUUUAUAUGUGGAGGUUUGUUCUAGGUCACAAAUUGUCUCUGGAUUAGGUUGAGCUGUUUGUACUAAAACCUAAUGGUUUUUUUGGACUGCAAUACAUUUUGAUUUAAAAUUUUAUCUAUUUUUUGGAGAACACAUUCAACACUCUUUGACAUUUUGUCACUUUGACUUUGCUUGAAAUUUAAAAAAAAAAUGAAGUGUUGUUGGGGUU